GCGGUUUUUCCUUUCAUCCAUCCGUACACCCCCUGAAGCCACACUCUCGCAUUCAUUUCGCAUUCCAAACCAAACCAAACCCUUUUCUCUCUCUUUUUCUCUCUCUCUCUCUCUCUCAUCAAAUCAUGACGAUGAUGUUGGGUUUCCUGUGGAAGGCGAAGGCGGUGGGGCGGAUGCCGUCGCUGGCGGGGGCGGUGCGGCGGCGGUCGAGCAAGGCGCAGCCGCAGGUGGCGGAGGUGGACAUGGCGGAGUACGACGUGGCGCUGAAGCACUUCGACGACCUGAUCCAGCGCAUCCUGGUCAAGAAGGCCACACCGGACUGGCUACCGUUCGUGCCGGGAUCCUCCUUCUGGGUCCCGCCGCGGCCAUCGCCCGCCAACGUCGUCGACCUCGUCCACAAGCUAACGAACGAAGACCAUCGACCACACGAUUCCCCUCUCCUCUCCACGCUCCGCGGAUGGCCCUCCUCUAAUUUCUUCAUCAAUGAGAAUGAAUCUACUGAUGGUGAGAAUACUGAUAUGGAGAUAAAGAGUCCAGACGGGAUGGAGGGGACUGUGAAAGUGAAGGUUCUGACAUUUUCAGAAAAUGUAGCUCAAUCAGAGGAUGAGGAGGGAUGAUCCAUAAUUUAGUUAAGCCAGUUGCUGCGGAUUUUCAUGGUGCAACAUAGGCUCAUAGAGAAGUCCAAAGAAACGCAAAGGGAAAAAAAACUAAGCUAUCUGGGGAUUGAAAAGGACAAUACAUGCAAAUGGAAAUUCCUUUAGGUGCAGAACUGGUGGUUGUUUUGGGAUUAAACCCAUCUCACUCUACUUGACACAACAUUGAUCUGUUUAUCCGUGUAUGUUGAAUAUUUGCAAUGUUAGGUUGAAUCCUUGUAGGCUCAAUGUAUAUAUUUAUCCAGCUAAUAAAACAAAGACAUUUUAGAAUAUUCCUCUAAACAGCUAGCAUUUGCUCAAUUUACUGCACAUAUAUUAUAUUGAUCUGUAUAUAACUGUAAUAGACAUUUCUUUGGGGUACAAAACUGUAAUGGGCUUCAUGGGGGAACACAUUUUGAAGUCACAUAUUAGCUUUGGAGUUAA